CAAACCACUUCCGGGUCCCGCCCACGCCUCCAUGAUGACGUCAGACUGAGAGGCCUACCGAGCUUUCGUAAGAAAAAGAGUCUUCAACUUCGUCACUUCGGACAUAAAAAGAGGUUUAACUUGCUCACUUUGGACAUAAAAAGAGGUUUAACUUGCUCACUUUGGACAUAAAAAGAGGCUUCAAGUUCGUCACUUUGGACAUCAAAGUAUGUCCAUGUUCAGGAACGCCGUGUGGUUUGUCAAAGGACUCAACGAAUACACCAAGAGCGGCUAUGAGGCGGCUGCCAAGCAUUUCGUGGCGUCUGACCUGGAGGUGGACCUGAGCGGGCGCUCCUUCAUGAUCACGGGCGCCAACAGCGGCCUGGGAAAAGCCACGGCACAGGAAAUAGCCAACCGAGGGGGUACGGUGCACAUGGUGUGUCGCAACAAGGGGCGAGCAGACGCCGCCAAGCAGGAAAUUGUGGAGCGAAGUAAGAACCAGAAUGUUCACGUCCACGUGGUGGACAUGUCCUGUGCCAAACACCUGUGGGACUUUGCGCAGACCUUUGUCCAAAGUAACGUCCUCAACGUGCUGAUCAACAACGCAGGCUGUAUGGUGAACCAGCGAGAGGUAACAGAGGAAGGUCUGGAGAAGAACUUUGCCACAAACACACUCGGCACCUACAUCCUGACCACAGCUCUCCUCCCCGCCCUGAAGAAGGCCCAGGACCCCCGAGUGGUGACCGUGUCCUCGGGCGGCAUGCUCACGCAGAAACUCAAUGUGGACGACCUGCAGUUUGAGAAGGGGACCUUCGAUGGGACCAUGGCCUACGCUCAGAACAAGAGGCAGCAGGUGAUCCUGACAGAGAGGUGGGCAACUCAGCACAAAGACAUCCACUGGUCAUCCAUGCACCCUGGUUGGGCCGACACAGCAGCCGUGCAGACGUCCAUGCCGUCCUUCCACGCCAAGAUGGUGAACAAACUUCGCACGGAGGCCAUGGGUGCCGACACCAUGGUGUGGCUCGCCGUGUCGGCCGCCGCCACCAAGCAGCCAAGUGGACUCUUCUUCCAAGAUCGGCGUGCGGUGGCGACACACCUCCCACUGGCCUUCACCGCCUCCUCCUCUCAGGAGGAAGACAAGCUUGUGGCGGCACUUCAGCAUCUGGCACUCAAGUACAAACCUUGAAAUAUAGCAUUGACCAAA